CUCUUCUGCUAUGAUCUCUGCACAGCAGUCAUCAUUCCCCAACAAAAUUCAAAGAGCAAUGGACUGCCCAUCUGAGGAAGAAGAAACCUGUGAAGAGCAGUGUGACUCUGAAAACUGCACUUGCAGCUCCAUGCAUGCAGAAUCCAACACAGGCUCACCAGUAACUCUCAAAAUACUGCAGAACUGGGUUCCUAGAGUUUCGCACUACUUCGAUAAAGAGCACUAUACAUAUGUUGGCCACCGAAUCAUCAUUCAGGAGUCCAUAGAACACUUUGGAGCCGUGGUAUGGCCGGGGGCACUGGCUUUAUCUCAAUAUCUGGAAUCAAAUCAAGAACAAUUCAACCUCAAAGACAAAAAAGUUUUGGAAAUUGGUGCUGGAACAGGCUUGCUUUCCAUUGUGGCCUGUAUCUUAGGAGCUCAUGUUACAGCUACCGAUUUGCCUGAAGUUCUUGAUAAUCUCUCAUAUAAUAUUUCAAGAAAUACACAAAACAUGGAUAUGCACAAACCUGAAGUGAGAAAACUGGUAUGGGGAGAAGGCCUCAACGAAGAUUUUCCUGUAUCAACUUACCAUUAUGAUUUCAUACUGGCAACUGAUGUUGUGUACCAUCAUGCAGCUCUGGAUUCCCUGCUAGCAACAAUGGUGUAUUUUUGUAAGCCAGGAACAGUAUUACUAUGGGCCAAUAAAUUCAGAUUUACUACAGACUAUGAAUUUUUGGAAAAACUUUCCAAUAUAUUUAACACAACUAUUCUAGCAGAAUUUCCAGAAUCCAAUGUCAAGUUGCUUAAAGCCACAGUAAGAGAAAAUUAAAGAGAAAACUAUCACUAUUCUUGAUUUAGUGGCAGGACCUCCAGUUUGGAAUGCUUUGCAGGAUUGUGUUGCACCUUAUGUGCAUUUACAUUUCUAAAGUCGCAGUUGUAUUUAAGU